CUCUCCAGAUGCUGCUUUCGGGAGCACUUGGCGAUCGCCAGGCAGGAGCCCGGCACGCGGCGGCGGGAGCAGCCCCAGCGGUGCCGGCGAUGGGGGCAGGCGCUGCCGGGCGCUGAGCCCCUGUCCCAGCCCCAGCCCCGCGGGGCGAGCAGGGCGUCCGGGGUCCAUGCAGUGCAGCCGGAGCCGGAGACAGGCGAUGGGUCCCCGGCGGGGCUGAGCCCCCCGCCCGUGCCCCUAUCCCGGCCCCCAGCCCUCCCUCCUGUCCCCGAGGCGGUGAGAGGCAGGAGCAGCCAUGGCCGCGGCCAUCGCCAGCGGCUUGAUCCGGCAGAAGCGGCAGGCGCGGGAGCAGCACUGGGACCGGCCGUCGGCCAGCAGGAGGCGGAACAGCCCCAGUAAGAACCGGGGGCUGUGCAACGGCAACCUGGUGGAUAUCUUCUCCAAGGUCCGCAUCUUCGGUCUCAAGAAGAGGAGGUUGCGGCGCCAAGAUCCCCAGCUCAAGGGUAUAGUGACCAGGUUAUAUUGCAGGCAAGGCUACUACUUGCAAAUGCACCCUGAUGGAACACUCGAUGGAACCAAGGAUGACAGCAGUAAUUCUACAUUAUUCAACCUUAUACCAGUGGGACUUCGUGUUGUCGCUAUCCAGGGUGUAAAGACGGGGUUGUAUAUAGCCCUAAAUGGAGAAGGUUUCCUCUACACAUCUGAACUUUUUACACCGGAGUGCAAGUUUAAGGAGUCUGUUUUUGAAAACUAUUAUGUAAUCUACUCAUCUAUGCUGUACCGACAACAGGAGUCUGGUAGGGCUUGGUUCCUGGGGCUUAAUAAGGAAGGGCAGGUCAUGAAAGGAAACAGAGUGAAGAAAACAAAACCAGCAGCUCAUUUUCUACCCAAGCCAUUGGAAGUUGCCAUGUAUCGAGAACCAUCUUUGCAUGAUAUUGGAGAAACAGUGCCAAAGGCUGGGGUAACUCCAAGUAAAAGCACAAGUGCAUCUGCAAUAAUGAAUGGAGGCAAACCAGUUAACAAGAGUAAGACGACAUAGCCAGAUCCUCACAGGUGUUAUGACUUAUUGAGCCCCGAGUACAGUUGAGCAAUUUAUCCUUUCCAGACUCUCCUACUGUGGUGUCUAUGGAUCAGCUUGAGGCAAGUGAAUACUUGUUCUUUGCUGUUUCUGAACUAAGUUAUUGCGAGUGGAUGAAUCUCAACAUGUAGCUCCACCCACAACAAGAAGACACCUGGAUAACCAGCUAAACUCAGACCAUGGAAUGCCCUACCAGAUAUGGAAUGCCUUUUUAAUAUCUUUUCUGUGACUGUGACACUUCAUGUGAAUGACAUACUUCACAAGUACACUUGAUACCUUGCCUGCUGACAGUUACCCAUAAUCCCUUUUUGAGUCCAGUUUCAGCGAAAUCCAUGUGUUUUAAGUUCUAUUUUGUAGCACACAAAUAAUAUCAAGUAAUUUCUAGUUAGACGCUGUAAACCUGUGCUAUUAUGGAUUUCUCUUCUUCCCUUUUUUACAAGGCUGCUCGCUCCACUGUCUGUGACCUUUUGCAGGGAUUGUGUUUCUCUAAAACUUAAGUGUUGCAGGUGGCUUAGUUCUGAAAGCAAUCAGGGAAUCAGGAAGCCUUCAAAAACCUAUUAUUAUAAAUUAUAUCUAUAAAGAAUAGAAUUGUCGUCUCUGGCUUACAAUAUUGAUUAAAUGUGAAUACACUUUAGUAACAGAUACUGUGCUCCUGAGGUUGGCAUUAGUAUGGAGGGAAAAAGUGUCAAACACAACCAGUAGAACGUUUUCUGAGACUAGUGUUUGGCAUCCCCCUAUAGUUUUUUUUUCUGUGUGUUUUAUACAUAUCACAAGCUUACUGGUAAUGGUAACAUUUGCCUUGCCCAGCGAGCGAGACCCACUCAUUUUUGGGAAAGUGGGUCCAAAGAACUCUGUAGGCCUUGUAGGCCUGAAUUAAGGCUCAUUUUUCAUCUACUAAUCCUCAUUAUUUGAAUAAAACAAUAAUUAAGACUAACAAGAAUUGCGCUACCUAAAUCCAUCUCAAGUAUAAUACUUUCCUGUUUUUAAUGAACUAAAUGCCAUCAUUCUUUUUGGCUGUAUUCCACUCUUACUCAGCAAAGCAUGGGCAAGGAUAUUUUUGUGUUCUUUUUGCAGCAGCAAUGCAAAGGGUAGUUACAAAUUAUAGUUUGUUUUUGAUGUUUAAAAAAACCCCAAGUUUUAAAACUGGACAUAUUAGAAAAAAUUAAUUUGACUUAUUUAUUUUUUAGCUCAGCAUGUGGAGUCCAGUUCUAUGUAUUUCACCUGUAUCCCAGUACAUACCUCUAACCCAGCUUCUUAGGAUGUGCCCACCAAAUUGCUAGAUUAAAGGUGCCUUGCCUUGAUCUCUGUAUACUGUACUUUCUCCUACAUGAAACUAGAGGAAAUUUCAACUCAUUUUGAAAUUGAGUCCUUGGAUCAUAUUCAAUUGCUUCAUGAGAACCAUUGUUGACACUUCAUUGGUAUCAGUCAAGAGCAAUGAAGCAAAUUUAGAAAAAAUAGGAAUAUGUUUUCAUCAAUACAGCAAAGAUGCCAUUAAAGUGUUAAAUCGUGUAUGUAAAAAGUUUCAAAACACAGUUGCAUCUUUAAAAGACUAAAAAUAUGGGUACUGUGAGUGUGCUUAAUAGACAUUUGCUUCUUAGAAAGAGUGACAAGAACCAAACUGUACCUCAGUUCUGGAAAACUGGGUGAUAAUGCUCUCUUGGCCUCUUGCUGUUAUCAUGGUGUUUAAGAGUGACAAAAACCAAUCAUUCCCUUUUUAUUUCCAUAAUCCUAACAAAUUAUUUUGUUCAUGUCUUUACACUUCACUCCAUAACUAGCCACUGGUUGUUUCAAAUACCCAGCCUGCUUAGCUGAAUACUAAUUCAGUCUCAAAUCUUUAGGCUUAUGCAAUUUUCAUAUGAAGUUCUGUUUGAAUAAGUAACACGAGUAAUAUGUUGUUCAAAAGAUUGUUGUAAUGCUGAUAAAUUACAAAUAUACUAAAUGAUUCUUCUGGCAGUCCAGUUCCUCGGUUAUAUACACCACCUGAAACAACAAACUAAUUGCUGAAGGUUGGUUCUAUUUUAAAGAGACGGCUGAAGCACAACAGCGGGAGUACAUUAGCUAAGUAUUUAAGGUUCUUUUUUUAAAGAAAGACACACCUACUUUAAUGCUGUGGCAAAAUAUGCACAGAGAAACCUGGGCCCAGAUUAAUCCUUUGCCCAAUGCCUCUAAUGGAAAAAAAUCUCCAUGAGAAACCUCUGGUGUUUCCUCACUGCCCCAUUCUCAUUCUGCCAACAGAAGAGGUUGUUUGCCAUUCCUGAACAAAAUAAAAGCUCCAGAGUUUACCAUAGCCCCAGUCAGUCAGUGAGAAGCCAGAGUAUCCAUGUUGGGCAUUGCCCUCUGCCUGGUUCGUUGGUAGCGCAGUGAUGCUGGCAUUGCAGUAACUAACUCACUCCACCAUCGUAAUCCUGCCCCUCCCAGAUUUAAGAGGGAAGGUAUGUGAACAAGAUAAUACUGCUGUUGGCUGCAUUCAUUUUUUUGUAGAUUUUUUUUCACAGGGCUGGUGUAUCCACAUGCAUUCAUUCCCUAUUCUAACCAGUCUUUAUCCAAUUCAGCACAGAUCUGGAACUACAGAGAGAGACCUCCACAGGGUCCAGAGGGUGGAAAGGUAGUGCCACAGACCUGGUUAACCUAUGCACUGGGGAUCCAGAGGGCACAAUCUGGCUGGCCAUAUGCAUACCAUUUUCAAAAUUAAAACUAGCAUCUUGGGCAGCUAUUGUUCUGCCAACAACAAUUUGAAGGAUUAAACAAAGACUGACUUUAUUUUUGUAAAUGACUAGUACAUACUGGAAAUGUAACAUCAGUUUUGUUUGCACUUUUUGUUCCCUUUCCUUAGUUAAAACAGGUUAUCUAUAAGGGUGUUUAAUCCAAUGAAUGGAUGUCUUAAAACAGUUUCUUCUAAAAUACAUUUAAACAUAACAAAGGGGUUUGUUGUUUGUGCUUCUGUUACUUCCUUUAAUUUUGUCUCUUGUCUCAUCUGUUGCAUGGGAAGAGGAUGGCAAUGAUGAACUGCAUGUAGUAGGCUAUGUGUAUCAAGAACUGUUGGUAUAUAUUACUAAAUUUACAUACAUAUAUGCAAAGAGUUUGUCUGCAUUGUACAGUUUGUGUUUAUUAUCAUUUGUUGUAUACACAGGUGCAUCAUACUGAAUAAAACAUUUAUAUGAAAGCAUAUUAAAGUAGAAUGUGCAAAAUAACACUGCACUGGCCCCAAUUUGGUGAAACUUAAUGUAAUUAGGUUGGCAAACUCAGUUUUUCCCUUUUACCAUGCCAAAGAAAAGUUUAGGUCCUUGAUAGAAUACCUCUCUUGCUGUUUUCCAGGAUAAGACUUCACCAUUUUGUUCCCCCUAAAAUUAAUUUUCCUGUUAAGUGAAAACUAUUUUCAACUAUCUGUUACUACUAAAGUACUGUAUAGUAAACCUGAUGGAAUUGAUUUGUAUUUACGGAUUGCGUGUUUUGUACUUUUACGUACAGCUAUGUAUGAGUCUGCCAGGUGUUUUGCGUGCUUUGUUUUGUAUUUUUGCUCCUUUCUUUCCAUUUUAUCUAAUCCCAGAGAGACUGGUUUGCACAGUGGUCCAAGAGAGAUAUUCCAAUCUUUUCACUGUCACAUAAUACAUGUGCCCAUAAUAUAGAGAGGUCGUUUAUUUUCAUUUUACUGCUGAAAAGCUCAUUUGUAUUUCAGCUAACAUUUUAUUUGGGAAAAUCUCAGUCUCUCUUAAACACAGACACAUACACAUCAAGUGCUAGGAAGAUAUGAACAAUUUGAACAAAGUACUAUUUUUCCUGCUUUUAUAAAGCCGUUUAUGAAUUAUAAAUGCAGUGGAAGCCUUAAAAACUUGCAUACACUAUGGAUUCUACAGAAAGGUUGCUAUAGUUUUUUUCAUAAAUGCUUUGUAGCUUACCUAAUGUUUCUGCUGCUUUCUUACUGUUCUGUUUGAAACCACACUAAAAUCAGCAGAAUUAUUAUGAACUGUUAUUUUUCAUCCAUUUAAAUCAGCUCAUUAGAUUGGUCUAGAACAAAAUCUGCUCCCCCCCCCCCCCCAAAAAAAAAAAUUCCAAAAAACAAAAACAAAAGGAUGGUCUUUCACAAAGUAUUUACAUGAAAGACUUUUGGAAAGCUCAAGCCUUUUUACAAGUAUUAAGAUAAAUUUCCUGCUGGUGUAAUGCUACCAUAAUCAAUGGAGUAUGCUAGCAGAGGGUGUGGCCCAUGCAUUAAAAGUCUGUCUUGCUGAUCCAUCUGUUCUUUGGUAUAAAGCAGAAAUAUUCUGCUCCAUUCAGCUGAGAAUGAAAAAGAUCCAUAAAACUAGAUAAAACAAGGCAAUUAUAUUUCUAUUAAAUGCCCCUUUGGAUAACUACAGUGCAUUGCAGUGCAUUUCAAAAUGUCUAUUACAGUAUUUUUUUCAGGAUGACUAAUGCAAAUGCUAUGAUUUUUUAAAGUAAUAAAAUCUUUGUUCUAUUACCUAGUCAUAGAAAUAUUCAACUUAGCUUUAUUCAUCCCCAGAUCAUGUUUUGAAAUAUCACUUAAAGUGAAUGUUUCGGAGGAGGAAAAGGGCAGUGAAUCAACGACACCAAAACAGGCUGGGAUUAAUUUCCAGAGAAUUUGGCCAAGAAAAAAAAAUUACUAUGGGGUUACAUAAGCAAGUCAAUCUAUGGCAAGUUUAUGGCUGACACCAGAAGUGAUAGGUCAUACAAUGGUUACAAUACUAAAACAUGGUGUAAAUAUACAGAGGAGCAGCUCAACGUACUUCACAACUGCGUGCUUUUAUCACAUUAAUGGAGGGCUGUGUUAUCUUUCAUGUUCACAUUUCCAAUAUCAGACUCCCUACUUAACAAACCAGUUUUCUUAUCCUGCAAUUAUUUUUGCCAUAGACCUGGAAGUAGGAUCUGAACCCACUAGCUAAGAAGCACCAACCUUAUUAGUGUAUACAGAUUACAUAGCCAAAAUGUGUCAUUCCUUCACACAUCUUUCUGUUUUUACAUGUUCUGUCAUUAAAAUUCUCAUCACAGGGGUUGUUUGAGGUGUAAAUUCACACUUUACUAGACAAGAUAGUAUUCUCACAUAUGUAGAAUAACAUUUACCUUCAGGUCUUUUUAAUUCUAGUCUUCUUCAUCUCAUGUCCUUGUCAUCAACUUUUAGUUGAUGACAAGGUAUUUGGCAGAAUUUAGCAGAUUUGUUGGAAUCUGACAGGGGCCACAGUGUGAACACUUCUGCUACGGCUGUUAUGGCAGUUGGUAUUAUUUCUAGUGAGGGGAACGAGCCUCACAAGUGAUCUACUGGGCUGUGCGAAGCUUUGGGUGGUGAUUCGAUUCAGAGAAGAUUUGGUCCAAUUUGGUGGCUGAAUCUCCAAAUCUCAAUUGAAUCAGGGGACCAAUUAAAAGGUUCCAAUCAAUUCAAAGCUCUCUGAAUUUUCGGAAAAGAUUCAGAGAGCUUCAGUGAUUCAGACAGUCCCUGGUGGCUGGUAAAUAGGGAGUGGGGGGGGGGUUGGAGGAGGCGGGAGGGGACCAUGCGGGGACCCCUGCAAGGCUCCAUCCCCUGCCUGCUCCCCCAGCCCCUCCGUGGCUGCGUUGCCUGCCCCAGCUCCUGGUGCUUUAAUAAAAAGUCCCACUCGCUGGGUGGGGGGGGCAAUCCUUGCUGCCCCCCACUUCUCCAAGCUGCAUUGAGAAACUCUGCCAUGAACCUCCCACCCCCUCCCUUGCUCCCCCAGCCCCCCACCAUGGCUGCCCUGUCCAGCCCAGCUCCAGCCCUUUAAAAAGGGGGGGGGAAUCAAGAAAAACCCCAGGACUCACCACUCCUGCGGCAGCCUCGGGGCUUUCGAGGGCUUGUACAGAGCCCCCCACAUGGUGUGGUGCAGUGGGGGGGGCAGCAGGGCUCUCCCCCCGCCGGCAGGAAUGGUGAAUCCAGGGUUUUUCUCUGUGUUUUUUUUUCUUAAAGGGCCAGAGCUGGGGUGGGCAGGAAAUCCAUGUUGGGGCUGGGACAGUGGGGAGGGAGGUUGUGAGGCUCAUGCAGAGCCCCCCAUGCAGCAUGGGGCAGUAGGAAACAGCAAGCAGAGCCCCCUGCCCAGCAGCACCCAAUGAGUCAGGGCUUUUUUUUUUUUCAGAGUGCCGGGGCUGGGAGAGUGGGCAGGGGAUGGGCCUGGGUGAUUCGGAGAUUCGGCAGUAGCCAAAUCUCAGAAUUAUAUUCAGCCAAAUUGAUUUGGAACAGUGAUUUGGAUCACUGUAUCAAAUCACUGUCCCCAAAUCGGCUGAAUCCAAAGCAAAUACCAGACACUUCACGCAGGCCUACUGGUUACCUUAGUUUGUGGGGGUUAAUGAGUAUUAUACCAAUAAAAAUAAGAAACAGAAUAAAAAUUGUAAAGGUAAAAAGAUAUCCAUUUCAAUUUUAGUAGUCUUUGUAAACAUUGUAAAGCAUAUAGUACAGUGUUGCUUUCAUAAUUUACAUUCUAAUUAACCAUAGGUACUCUGUCAACAUUUUCUAAAAAUAUUUCCCUGUAGUUACUUGCUUUAUCAAACAAUUCAGAUAAGACUUUUUGAAAUAUUAAGGUUAUAUAAUCCACCCUGUUCCUAAAACUUAAAAUUAACUAGUUGGGAAAAUGUUUUAAACUUUUCCUACUAGACAUCAGAAUUACUUAUGUUUCUUUUAGUUUACAAACUUAAUGGAAAAGUAUAACCCAAAUCACAAAGUAAAAUACAUCAACCAUUAUAUAUGACAAUCACAUAUUCGGUAAUUUACAGCCCUGUACACCAAUUAGGAACAUCUUUUCCAAUCCAAUGUAGUACUUGACAUAUCAUGCCUAUCUACUGUACUUACAUAUCUCUGCGUGUAAUAGAAACAAACCAGUCAAAACAUCUAUUAAAUUUUGGAAAAUAAUAUUAAUUGUCUAUUUUCUAUUAUCAGUACUGCAUACAAAUGGAAGGAAGGAAGUUAAUUAUGCCUUCAGCCUUAAAAUUUUGACUCAGUAGAAGCACCCACUUCCAUAAAAUGUUGAUUAUUUUUAGAUCUGUACUACUUUUAGGAAUAAAUAAAACCAACAAACUUGUUGGUCACCAGUCAAAAGACCAGGGUUGGUAAAAUGCAUAUAUAUUAAAACAAAUAUAGUCAUUCCUGUUACUCUCUACACAAUUUGAAGAUUAGAGCUAUAAAAUCCCAACUAUUUUUUCAAUAUUUAUUUUACUUUAAAUUUUCUUUAUACUGUAUGAAUACAUUUUAGAACUCUGCCUUAUUUCCUAACAAUAGCAGCUUUGGGCCGGGGGUGGGGAAGGGGGGGUUCUCAUUAUGCCGGUGUUAUGCAAAGACUUUUUGAGGUGACUGUGUUGUCUCCCUGAGAAGUAGCAUUUCUUUUUCUUCUUCUUUGUCUUCUUUUUUCUUUUAGAAAAAAAGAUGAUCAGGUAAGAUAAAGAAUGGGAACAAAAUAAAAGUGGGAACACAAUGAAAAUGUGUUGAAAACCAUUCAGUCACUGCAUUAAACGUUUUCAUGCUUAUAACUAUUACGUGCUCUGUACUGUUGUCUUUUCCUAUUUCAUCUGAGUCCUUUCUAUAAGAAAAUAAAUUUCUAGUGUCAUGAUGGAAAUACAUUUUUUCAGCUGAAAACCAGGUUCCUUCGUUCUGAGUCCUGCAUCUCUCUAACAGACUGAACCAUGAUCCCUAAAUCACAACACAAUAUUACAGUUUGAUAUUAAAGGAAACAUUGAAGUCUUUUUAUUGCUUAGUCAUACUUUUGAAAUGUAAUCACUAACUUUUGAAAAGAAAAUGUAUGUAUUUUUUUUGCUCUGAAAAAUUAAAGGGCUGCCAAAUUUACAUGUACAAAAAAGAAAAGGAAAUGUAAAUAAAUUAGGGAAGUCCCAACACUUGUGCAUUUUUUUCAUAAUUCAAUGUGAAUUUCACACUGAGCAUUUCACCAUUGGAAAAAAAUAAAAAAUUUGUUCAUUCCA